AUGACUAACUAUUUCAUUCGUCACAGAGUAAGGAGGAAGAAAGCUGUCUAUCAUAGGAAUGAGCAAUCGAGUGCGGAGAAUGGACUUUCACUGCUCGCCGCUGCAGCACCUGCAACUGUUUCUUCUACGGAUACGGAGUCAUCUCCUACAUAUCCAGGCGUGACUGUGCCAUGCAUUUCGGCAGAAACGGACCCAGAAUCUCCACGGGACACAUCCCUAGAGACUGAGAGCACCGAGCUGAAGCGGUGUGAUAGUCGAGGCCUCCUCUAUGUAGUCGCUGGCGAUCAGCAAGCCAUAAACGGUCUCCUGUUAGAUCUCUCCUGCAAUGGUCAGGAAGCAUUAUCACGCAACCAAGUCGUUAGCCCUGUUCCUGAGGAAAUCCAAGAUCCAGAAGAUCUCGAAUUUCUCAGGAAAAAGGGCUGCUUGUCGCUUCCCACAGAAAGCAUCUGCCAAGAGCUGGUCUCGCGAUAUUUCCAGCUCGUUCACCCCUUCAUCCCUGUUGUCAAUACGAAUCAGUUCUUCGAAGACUUCAACGGCCAUAGGCACAAAAGUUGUACCUUACUGCUCCUAUGGAGCAUGUUUUUCGCAGUCGCAAGUUUUGUCGACGCCCAAACAGUCAAAAGAGCAGGCUAUGCAUCACGAAAGGAUAUGAAGUCGACAUUGUACAGACGGGCCAAGUAUAUUUUCGACAGCAACCUCGAGAAAGACAAAGUGAAAGUUGUCCAAUCGGCGCUACUUCUGGCUUUCUUCUACACUGAUACUCAGGAUCGUGCCACGGCAUGGCAUGCCUGGCAAUGGACAGGCACUGCCAUCACUUUGUGCCAGACUAUGGGUCUACACCGUGACCUCGAUGCGAGGACCCCAGACAUCCGUUUCCAGCGAGAUCAGAUCCGCCUAUUUCGGCGAAUUUGGUGGAGCUGCUUUGUGUGCGACCGCUGGCUGUCUUUAAGCCAUGGAUGGCCGAUGAGAAUCCACCUUGAUUUCUGUGAUACACCGUUUCCAGAAGCCGAGGACGUAUACAAGGAGAUCCACGACCUUCCCACCCCACUGACCGAGAAAUACUUCUCCCCUGACCAAAAGGCGCUUGCGACGCUAUGGGUAACUUUUGUGAGGUUGAGUAAGACGUUAGGGGACAUAGUCCAGACCUUUUACAAUCUGCAAGGAACUUUGCCCUGUCUACCGGUUGUCAAAAAAUAUGAGAGCGAGAUCAUCCGGUGGGAUACGAGUGGUACUGUUGGUGGCGUUACCGACGAUAUCGUCGCCUUCCACGCAUACGACCUUAAAAUGUUCCGAGAGGCUUCAAUAAUUGCACUCUACAGGCCUUAUAUACAGCAAGAGUCUUACCGGUCUCGCCAACCCAACGCUCAGGCGCUUCAGGCGCUUUCUAGGACCAAAGUCAAAGCUGCUGCAGCCCAAAUCAACGUGACCCUCGAGAGACUUGUCGACCUAGACCAGGUAAAGUGGCUGAAACCUCUCUCACUUGCAGCGCUAUUUCCCGCUAUUCAAAUCCAUCUCGUCGAAAUGACUCUGCCCACCACGCCGAUCUUGAAGACUUUGAGCAGCCACAAAUUUCAACUCUGCAUGAUGGUCCUCUCAGAGCUGCGCGACAACUACUGGGGCGCGGCAGCCGCCUAUCGUUUGUUUGAGAAAGCUCAGGAAGACCUGCACGAAAGCCCUCAAGCUCAACGGCCGGGAUCGGUUGCCAUCAGUCACUCCACGAGUGAAAAUCAUGAAAACAUAUCAAUCAGGGGCAUAGCCUUGACCCCUGGCUCCAGCUUGUCGGAGGAUUCCGGACCAGGUCUUCGAGACACAACACAAUUCCCUUUGGGCGACUCAUUGCCCGAUCCGGUGGACUUCUUCUCCGACGACUUCGUGGCGGGUUUGAUGUCCAACAUAGAUGAGUUACUAUAG